GUAGUGUUCGUUCGCGGGCCGCUUGGGAGGACGGAAAUGGCUUCACUCUCUGAGUAACUAGUGUGAGGAUGGGAGGUGCUGGACAGCGAGCGGUGGCCCCAUCGCGGUCGAAGGGAUCUGGGAACCCGGGGCGGCGGCGGCGGCAGCAGCAGCCGCUAGGGCAGCAAAAAUGCUCGGCCCCGCGGCCGGGGCCGUGCAGCAAAGAAAAGAAGAAAGUGAAUUGCAAACCUAAGAACCAGGAUGAACAAGAAAUCCCUUUCCGGCUCCGAGAGAUCAUGAAGAGCCGCGAGGAGAUGAAAAAACCCCUCAGUUUCAAGAAGAGAAAGAAGGAAGCCCAAGUGGCCUUCAAGAACACUCUGGAGAAAGAAGCAAAGGGAGUGGAGCCAGAUAUCAGGGUUCCCAAGUUCAAGCAGAGGAAGGGGGAGUCCGAUGGGGCUUAUAUCCAGCGCAUGGAACAGGAGACCCAGCACGUCCUGUUCCUCAGCAAGAACCAGACCAGCCGGCAGCCAGAGGUGCAGGCAGCUCCCAAGAAGGAGAAAUCUGAACGAAAAAAAGCGUUCCAGAAACGGCGACUGGAUAAAGCCCAGCAGAAGAAGGAGGAGAGGGCGGUGGAUAGGCUGGAGCAGGAGCUACUACAAGACACUGUGAAGUUUGGAGAAGUUGUCUUACAGCCUCCAGAGCUGACUGCCCAACCCAGGAGAAGCACAAGUAGAAGCCAGCCUGGAAAAAAGUCGCUGAUGCUGAAGAUGCUUUUGAACCCUGGCAGGAUGUCCCAGAAACCUCAGGGUGCCUCACUAGCCAGGCAGCGGAUCGUGGAGGAGGAGAGGGAACGGGUUGUGCAGGCCUACCGGGCCCUGAAGAAGCUGCGACAGCAGCAGGGGGUGUCACCACCACAGCCACUGGGCCACACUUCCUAGCGGAAGCCUGAGAUGCCUCUGUGAUGGAGAAACACAAGAGCCAGGUACUCCUGGAAACUGGCCACAGCUUGCCUCACCUGAACCAAGGGCAGAUGGCAGAUCCUUCUCCGGACAGUGACUGACACACCAGCUCUUAAUGUGGAAAGUCUUCAGAUCUUUUCUCUGGAUUAUUUCUCGUAAAGAUUGCUCUUUUCUAUGGACCACUGAGUGGGUAUAUCUCACACUGGGUUAUUCCCCAUAGAUUGGGACUAGUGUCUUGUUUCUGAGCCUAGCUUUAUUCUGUGGAAGAAAAGUCCAGGCUCGGGGAACCCAGUCCUGAAAUCCUGACUCUGAAUACUAGUUAAUUACUAAAACUGCUGACGUAGGUCAGUUCAUCAUUAAGAGGCUCCCUCAGGGUCAGCCCAAGCAGGGCCAGGCAGGGCAGGUCAGCAGGCCAGUGGAAGAACAGGCAUGUGGCAGGGUACAGUUGGUCCCUAGACCACCUACAGGACCCUAUUAGUGGCAGGAGAACCCUAGCACAAGUUGGACAAGGUCUGGGACUCACCUAACAGGUCUCUGGGCUAUGGGACAGCCAGGGAGGCCAGGGAUGGAGCCUCUCUGGAACUGGUUAGACCGCAGAACUGGCAAUAGCACUUGCACAGGGCAGGACUUCCCUGGCUUCGACCACCACUGCCAAGGGAGAGAGCACCUAGCCCUCAGCAUCAGGUGAAAGAAAACAUGGGUGUGGAUGUGAGGGCGAUCUGGCUGCGACAUCUGUCACCCCAUUGAUCGCCAGGGUUGAUCUGGCUGGCUAGGCGAGUGUCCCCUUCCUCCCUCAACGAUCCAUGUGCGUCCCUCCCGAAGCUGUGCACUCGGUUGAAGAGGACGACCACCCCCGAUAGAGGAGGACCGGUCCUCGGUCAAGGGUAUACGAGUAGCUGCGCUCCCCUGCUAGAACCUCCAAACAAGCUCUCAAGAAAACAUAGGUGUGAAGACUUUCAGCACCACAGACCUCCCCAGGAUCCUGCCACCACAAAGGUGCUCCCAAAGAUCUCAGCAAAUCCUGAAUCUGUCAGGAGCACUGUGAAGUGCCAGAGUUUUAUGUGCUCUUCUAAUCCCCUUCCCCCAAAUUUGCAUUUUGCAGAAUGAAGUUAACUAAGAUUUUUGUUAUUUUUGAAAUCAGGGCUGUAGCU